CGUUGGUUUAUCACGAUUGUAUCGUGUCCGUCUGCCGACGUGGAGAAAGAAAACCAUUAACCGUUAUCGAAUUCGACAUUUAGAUUUGUAGGUACUCUGUUCUACAUCGUGGAUUAACUAUUCUUAACAUUUAAUCAUGUCGGACACUGCUGGAAAGGUAAUUAAUUGCAAAGCUGCUGUAGCAUGGAAAGAAAAGCAACCUUUGUCGCUUGAGGAGGUUCAAGUUGCACCACCAAAGGCUCAUGAAGUAAGAAUAAAAAUUGUUGCUGUUGCUUUGUGUCAUACAGAUGCUUAUACCUUAAACGGGUUAGAUCCAGAAGGAAUCUUUCCAUGUAUUCUUGGUCAUGAAGGCAGUGGUAUUGUUGAAAGUAUUGGAGAAGGAGUCACCGAAUUUCAACCUGGUGACCAUGUAAUCCCAUUAUACAUUCCUCAAUGCAAGGAUUGUAAAUUCUGUAAAUCUCCAAAGACAAAUUUGUGUAGCAAAAUUCGUGAAACGCAAGGGAAGGGGGUAAUGCCUGAUGGUACUUCCAGGUUUACUUGUAAAGGCCAAACGAUUGCCCAUUUCAUGGGUUGUUCUACUUUCUCUGAAUAUACAGUGGUGGCAGAUAUUUCUCUUGCAAAGAUCGAUCCUGCUGCACCGUUUGAUAAGGUAUGCUUGCUGGGAUGUGGAGUAUCUACUGGGUAUGGUGCUGCCCUUAAUACCGCCAAAGUAGAACCUGGAAGCACUUGUGCUAUAUGGGGGCUGGGCGCAGUCGGGCUAGCAGUUGCAUUUGGUUGUAAGAAAGCUGGUGCUGGGCGUAUUAUUGGAAUAGAUGUAAAUCCAAGUAAAUUUGAGAAAGCCAAAGUUUUUGGGUGCACAGAGUUUGUUAAUCCUAAGGAUUACGACAAACCCGUUCAACAAGUUUUAAUAGAAUUGACGGAUGGUGGACUAGAUUAUACUUUCGAAUGUGUGGGCAAUGUAAACACUAUGAGAGCUGCGUUGGAAUCCUGUCAUAAAGGAUGGGGUAUGUCCGUUAUAGUGGGUGUAGCUGCAGCGGGUCAAGAAAUUAGUACUCGUCCGUUCCAGCUGGUGACAGGACGAGUUUGGAAGGGAACCGCAUUUGGCGGUUGGAAAUCCAAGGAAAGCGUACCUAAAUUAGUAAAGGAGUACAUGUCGAAAACAUUGAUUCUUGAUGAAUUCGUUACACACACUCUUCCCUUCGAUAAGAUUAACGAUGGAUUUGACUUGUUACACUCGGGAGACUGCUUGCGUACUGUACUCAAAUAUUAAGAGGGAUCGUGUAACGUUGUUUCGUGUCAAUUUUUAUACAAUUUGUAUUUUAUAUGUGCCAACUACUGUUUCUUGUAAUACAUUUUUCGAAUAAAGGUAAUAUAUUUCUUCUUAGCGAUAGUUUCGCGUACUUGCGAAUAAAGAGGUUCCAAAUAACUGCGACGCGCAGAUUUCUACAACAAUCUUUAUUCAUAAAGAAUUCUUACAGCCACAUGCACAAUACCAAUUUGGUGAAAUAUCAAUAGUAGCUCUGGAAUGAAGUAAAAAUUCUUUACGUUUCGACCAGGUGCAUACCUUACAAAAAUCAUCACGUUGCGAAGAUCAUGGACGAUGAUUUUCCCAUUGUAUAUAAUUAUGUAUAUACAAUAUGCGAUACGACGUUUCGAUAAAACUAUGCAUAUUUUUUUUUUUUCUUCCAAGUUAUGUUCGUUAAUCUAGGUGAACGGUGUAAUAAUAAAUUCAGGCGGAUUCGAAAUUGCGCGCAAUGUAGGAAAGAAUUUGCGUGAGUUAUUUAAUUAAUCCAUCGUAGACGGGGUUUGAAAAUUUCUACCAAUUCUUAUUUAUACUCUGACGUUUUAAAAUAAUGUGGCGUACUAUAUUGCUCGUUAAAACACAAUAUAUCGUUCUUGGACAGAUUACCCGCUGUGUUUUCCUAUUCGAUAUAUAUCAUCGAUGAUAGUAUUCACUGAGGGAUAUAAUAAAUCUUGCUGCUCGAUAAGAAUAAGUACCGAAAUUUCGGAUAUACUCGUGUCUAAUUAACGGUAAUACACCAGGGAUACUGAACGGUCAAAAAUUCAUAGAAAAAUGUGUGUCGAAGUGAGAUAGCCUAGGUUUAAAAACUUAACUGGCAUGCGUUCAUUUUUUUUAAAAUACGAAUGCAUGUACAAUUUGCACUGGCUAUUCUUACGUAAAGUGUUUUCUAAUUGCUAUGGCAUAUUCGCGUAGUCACACCGAUCAUUUUUUCUACGGAUUACAUGUUAUACUCUAUUACCUACGGUGUACCACACACUCUUUAAGUAAAAGUCGUAAGUAAAAAUGCUUAUAAUUACAAGUAAACGCAGACUAAUCACGACGUGCCCGUUGAAUAUCAAAAACGCUCCUUUGUUCGAUCCGUACCGUGGAUCGGAGAGUAAGCUUCGGUAAACGUUACUUUAACCAUAAAAUCGGGUUAUAAUUACCAAAUGAGAUAAAAAAAAAAAAACAACUUGUAACGCGUAUAACAUAUAUCGUAUAUCC